AAAAAAAACAAAACAAAUGCAUCGGACGAAAUUGAGGGGUUUUGGAGCCGUUUAAAACCGGACGUCCACCUUUAGUCGUUAAUAUGACGCACAAAGUGUCUGCGGUGAACAAAUAACUGUAGCCAGCAGGAUAAACAGCAGGCAGAACAAGGGGGCAUAUGAGGCAGAGGGGCAGCAGGGAGGGAGAGGGAGAGAGAGGGUAGCAGGCCCCGCUCAUCUCAUGCUCUCAUGCCCAGUCCUAAACAGAUGGACGCCUAGUGAGAAGAGGAGCGGCAUGGAGGAACUGACCAUGCCUGAACGAGUAGCCAGGAGGAGGAGGAUGUUUAUUUCGACAGUGGAAACAGUGACCAGCGUUAUUAGCUGAAAAAUGGAAAGAGAGUUGUACAUCACUUGGCCUUGGAUGAUUUAAGAAUUAAGUCACUUACUGUAACAAAUGAAACACAUGGCACUUCGAAGGAACCCAUCCUUAUCUGGGAUGGUCAUGAAUUCAAGCAUGUAACCAAGCAAGACGUAACGACCAGUCAACUACAUUUUGUCUUUUGAAAAACAUAAGGCACUUAAAAUGUGAAAAUUAAGUGUUAAAUUGUGAUUCACACCUCCUCACUGACAUUACAUGAAAGACAAAUUCUGAACGGGACUGAACGAUGUGCAAUAAAAGGAAAACAUUUGACAAGGAUACCCAUGGCGAAAACAAGAACUUAUUUAUUCAUCAGAGACAGUGAUUCAAGUAUCACUGAAACCACAGAACUGUUAAAAUCAAAUUUUAGCAGUUGCAGAACCUUGGGAUCAUCACAGUCCGUAGAGGAAAGCCAUUCUGUGCCUGAGCCUUGGCAGUAUUGGCUAUAAAUGGGAACAGCUGGUAAUUGUCAUAUCUAACAGCAGAUGAGUUGAAAGCAGACCAUCCGUGAGAGUGGGCUGAAACAGGGUAAAGACUCUACAGUGUUUCUGUUAACAGGUUCCACUUGUCAUUGUCGCAUCUCAUCUGGCAAUUUUAUUGAAAUUGUCACUGCUCUUUGAGCAGAAGGUGUUGCUCCUGCACACCCAUGUUUCAGUGACUGGGCAAUGUUCCAGUUUGGAAAAUACAAUGUGGACAUCAUAGAGAUGCUGAGUGGACACCAGGCCCAUCAGCUCAAAGGUCUUGGAAUAGAGCGACAACUACAACACCAGCAGCAAGUGCAGCUUCACCAGCACCAGUUGCAGCAGCAACAGCAGCAGCAGGUAGAAACGUCCGGGGCUAUUUUAUCUGGACUCGGUCUGGGCCCACUCCAAGGAUCAAGAAGCAGUGCCUUUUCCAAUUCCACAUCGAUUUUCACCAAAAUGAGCGCGCCUCCUCCACCCCUGCAGCAACAGUCACUGUCUUCGUCCUCGCAGGGUUCGAGGAAAUCCAGCAAAAUGUCUGGAGGCAGCAGCGGUGGAAGUCAUGUGAGUGGGUAUCCUCAGUUUUUGCGCUCAUUUCAUCCAACAGAGGCAGCCCUUGCACAAGAACAUUUGCAUCCGGGAGUUGGACGGUUUGACCAGUUUGCAGGUGGUGGUGGAAGUGGAGGGAGCUCGGGAGGAAUUGGAGGGCUGGUAUCAUCCGUUCCACCACCUCCUCCUCCAUUACAUCCGGGCCUUUCCGUCCCUCAGGCAUCCCCAGGACCAUCCUCCUCUUCUCCAUCUCCUUCAAGUUCCGUUUCCAGUUCCAACAACCCUCCCAGCAGUAGUACUGUAACCUCCCUGGGUCACCAGUUGGCGGGAGCUCAGUCUGAUGCCCGGAGCUUGCAUCAGCAGUUUAGUUGCAUGCUAGCAGCUAAUCAGUACUUUCUUUCUGGAGUACCUGCCAACUCCAGCUUAGAGCAAUUUUUGGUCCAACAAGGCAGCCACAACCAUCUCGGUCUUGGUCUGGGUCAAAGUGGGGGAGAGUCAAGUUCCAGUCUCGCUCCACCUCCUGCUCUCCACCCCUCGCAUUCACAUAGCCACUCGACCACCCUGCCACAGCCGCAACAACCACCACCACAGCAACAGCAGCUACCCCCUCACACGCUGUCACACCCCCAUCCACAUCCGCAUCACCCUCUUCAUUCCUCAUCUCAGCCUUCUUCAUUAGGUAGCUUUGAUUUCCAAGGGAUUCCUGUCCUCUCCUCAAACCAGCUAGCAUCUCUAAUGCAGCAGGAAGCUGGUCUACCACUGCCCCUACCGCUACAUCUGUCCCUGUCCAAGGACGAAGGGAAAGGAGACAGCGCAUCAGGAGGAAGUGGAGGAGGCAGGAGAAAGAAAGCAAUGGCUGGCUACUUGCCUCAGCGGAAGGCUGAUAACAGCAGCAACAACAAUGGCAGCAGUAAUAGCCACAAUUCUACAAAUCCUAACCCCAGCAGCAGCACUUCAGGAAGUCUCAGCCAAGAUAAUGCAUCCAACCUUGGUGGAGGUGGGGGGAUUAUUGGUAUUGGUGGAGAGCCUCCUUCCCACAUGACGCCUUCAUCUUCCUCUUCGGGUGUGUCAUCAUCUUCCUCUUCUGCUCCCUCUUCUACGUCAGCGUCAGUCUUGGUGACAAAUAGUUCCAAGACAGACAACCACGGUUCCAUGCACCCUCCUUCAUCUCAGCCUGAACCAGAACCACUUUACCAUUGUGGGGAGUGUGGCAAGAGUUUUACGCACUUAUCCAGCCUGCGCAGGCACUUGCGGAGUCACGAAGUGACCACAGCAGGCACGGCAGGCACAAGGAGCAACGUUGUAAAUCCUGUUCUACACCCUGCGGAUCCCUGUAUUCCCCAUUCAACCCAGGAUGUUUCAGCAUCAUCCUCGUGCCCCAGCCCUGACAAGACUUUCCACUGCUCGGACUGUGGCAAAGGGUUCAAGAAAAAAGGCCACCUGCUCCAACAUGGUGUCAUUCACUCUGGUGCACGCCCAUAUGCCUGCAGUACCUGUAGCCGUGCAUUUAAUCGUCGUGAAUCGCUCACUCGUCACGAAAAGAUACACGAAGAGAAGCCGUUCCGUUGUCCAGCCUGUGGCCGCUGUUUCCGUGAGAGCACCUCUUUGCUGAACCAUGCAGCCUCGGGCACCUGUGGCAAGUCAGGAAGAGGGCCGAGACCGAAGAAUGAUAGCAGUAACCCUGUUGGCGGCAAGAGCAAUAAGACAGGGGCUUCCAGUGAUGGAAUGGUAACUAGUGCGGUGGGGUCUUACCGGAGUGACAGUUACAGCGACAACUACAAAGAGCAACGCUCUCAAGGCAGCCUUUACUCCGGAACCUCCUCAUGUGGCGGAGGCUUAGCUGGGCCAGCUCUUAGAAAGGCCCCUUUAGCCCCUACUCUGCAUCCCCACCCACAAAACCAAAGCCAAAGCCAACAGCAUCACCAUCAGCAGCCACAUCUACCCCUUUCUUCUCUGCUGGAUGAUUCGGAAGACGACGUUACAAGCUCUGUUAAUAAUGCUAUUUCUGCCAUCACAGCUGCAGCAGCAAAUUGCAUGGGUGGUGAUCUAAAUACUAGUGGGGCUCGAGGAGACGACAGACGGGAUAUCAUUGGAGGGCUCCUUGGAGGUCUUGGUCUAGGUCCUCUUACAUCUCCUGGUGGUCCGUCUUCAACAUCCGGGAUGGACAAAUCUUUUAGGGGUGGUCCAAACCAGGAUGCUUUAACUUCUAGCCAACAGCCAAACCAACAGACUCCGAGUGGAAAGCCCAAGCGUCCUCGGAAGCCCCGAAAAAAGAAAGAACCUGGUGCACCAGGUUCUGAGCCUCCUAAAAGAAGACAACCCUCGCAGAGAACAGUGGGAGUCCUCGGGGAAGUUCGGCCAUUUUUAUGCAGCAUCUGCGGCCGAGGAUUUGCCAGACGAGAAACCCUAAGAAGGCACGACCGUAUACACACUGGAGAGAAGCCUCACCACUGCACGGUGUGUGGCAAAUACUUCAGAGAGGCGUUUCACCUUAGCAAGCACCAUACAGUGCAUUCUGGAGAGAAGAACUACAAAUGUCUUCUUUGCGGAAAGGAUUUUGGAUAUGCACAGAGCCUUAAAAGACAUGGAAAGCUGCACCAGAAAGGAGAAAUGGAAGAAGUACCAGCAACACCUGGAGGAGAGAACCUCAACAGUUAUCCCUCUGCUAGUGGGAGCAUGAUCCAAGGAGGUCAAGGCGGUUCUUCCUCAUUCUACUCGUACUCGCAAGAUGUCAAACCCCAAGGAGCAAAUCCUCAGCCUGCUCCCAGACUCUACACAUGUGCUAUAUGCUGGAAAUCCUUCCGCCAUCACUUCCAUCUUACGGCACAUCAUCAAACGGUGCAUGAGGGAGGUGGCGACAAGCUGUUUUCUUGUGAAGUGUGUGGGAAGGCCUUCGCAUAUUCCAACAGCCUUACAAGACACAGGUUAUCUCAGCACGGCCUGACACGUAAUGGUCAAGGAACAUCUCAAGGGGGCAGUAGUGGCCCUGGAGAAGACAGCAACGUUGCUGGUUCCAUAUCUGAGAGUGAGGCUGCCACAAACGCUUUGCUCCAGCUUGCACCCAGCAGUGGAAGCCAAGGGGAGCAGCAGUCCCACCCUGGAGUACUUCACAGUCACCAGCAGCCUCCACCCCAACCACAAGCUGGUUACUCGCCUCUGUUCUAUGUACCCGAAGCCAGCACGUCGCUCCCUUCCUCCUCUAAUGCCACCCCUUACUCGCAGCCUUUGUCUUCUAGUUCCUCCAUAUCAUCACUAAAUCAUCAGCACAGCGUGGUGAAAGGAGAGCCAAUGUAUCAGACUGGCCAAAGACACGUGCUCAACCCAAACUUGCCUGUUCACCCACUUGUGCUGCCUCCGCCAGAUCAUCAGCACCACUCUCACCCUCAGCAGCAUCCAGAAGACAUCCAGCCACACCAUCACCACCACCACCACCACCACAGCUUUCACAGCGAAGACGAGCUGCGACGACGCAAGAAAAAAAAAAAAAGACGGAUCGGGAGAGAGAAGAUAGGCUACGAAUGGAGCCGGACCGCAAAAAUGGACGGGGGACAGGGGGUUCUCUCGGCUGGGCAAAGGAAGAGAAAUGAAAGGAGAAUACUACAGAAAAGAAGGAAGAGGGCGAUUCACAGGAGGCAACGCAAAUUUAGGAGGAAGAUGGCUAUGCUCCUGAGGAUCAGGCGAGGUGGGAGUACUAGGGUUGUCUAUGAACUGGGCUCUACAGAAGGACUUGAACUAUAUAGACUGUUCUCUUGGCAGGUUCCUCUCAAACGUUUCCCUUGCCCCUUCUGUUUUCUCACGACGUUUUCGCGACGAGCAGCACUUAUGGUCCACAUAGCGGCCCGACACUGUCCCAAAGUCAGUUACCGCGUGGAUCGACUGAGAUGCCUAGUCUGCGGGAAGCAAUCUCGCAGAUUCCUCUCGGCCCUCAUCCACAGGAGCUCUCAUUUAUCCAACAGAGCAUUUUCUUGCAGACGCUGUCCCUCGCGUUUCUGGAACGCUGCGCUCCUCACGAGACAUAAGAGAACUUGUCGGGGAAAGUUGGCGGAACUGAGACAAGGGAGAACACUUUGUUUUAAAUUGACCGCGGGAAACUUUUUCAAGAGGGUGGAGGGUAAAGGGAAUAUCUCGACCCUGCAAAUACAAUACAGUCACUGAGUGCCCUUCAGUAAUUAAACCUAAAGACUUUAAUAUGUAGUAGGAAAGAAGAGGGAGUUUUGCAUGAAAGAAUAGAGACUCUCUAGACUUGGUAUCCGAGUAAGUCUUUUGAGUGCUUUUAGAGCUUAUUCUUUUCUCUCUCAUUAUCAUCAUAGAUUACUCCCGUAAACCGAACCUCCACGCAAACUUGCAGACGCAUCGCAGACAUCUUUUAUAAAGAUAUCGACGUUCCUGUCUUAUCCACCCCCAUCCUAACCUUCGAAAAGGAUUCUGUACCCUCGUGUGCGUUGGCUCCUCGGCUGACAUUAGGUGAAUCUAUAGUAACGUUACUAAUACAGUACUUUCCCCUAACAGUAAUGCUUACUGUAACUCAACAAAUGCUCUGUAGAAUUACUCUGUCUCGGUAUGUAUAAUGUGUAGUUGAUGUUCACUUAGAGCAAGUGUGGGGAUGUGAAGCUCUUCAGUGUAAAAAUAAUUGCAUUAGUAGCAUAAGGAGAAAAGAAAGAUUCCUAAAAGGAAGAUCAGUGUUUUGUUUCAAUCUGUGCAUGUUGGACACUGGUCUCGAUGUGUUGGAUGAGUGUUGAGAUUGUGGACUCUCUGUCUGAAGGUUACGCAGUCAGUACAAUUAGAAUUGUAUAAAACGAAAUUGAAGAAUCCCAGAAUAAGCUUUACUUCAUGUUUCCAUCUUCAUGCUAGUGACUGAUGGAGAAGAUUACAAGAGAUUUAGUCGGUUGUGUGUCAAAGUAUGUCUUGAAAGCUAGCAUGAAGAAGGAAGCACCAGCACUUACAUUUGAGACAAGGCUUUCCUAGAUAAUCAGUAGUGGGGACAAUGUCCAGCCCUGCUCCUGGAGCACUACCUGCAUGCGGAGUUUAGAAGGUUGCCAGUUUGUUAGGUCCACUUUCCUAUUACCUACAUUCACUGGGCAUUUUAUGAGAAACACCUACAGUUUAGGUGCACUGGGUACGUUUGCAGCAAUACGGGAAACAGUGGACAAUAAGAUCCGACAUUUUUCAUGUACGUAUCUGCCGAUGCUGAUACUGAUGUAUAAGCACUUAUAAAAUGUGGAACACAUGAUCCACUAUAAUUAGUAUUACAGAGUAAUGUACCAUUCACGAAUGUUACAUAGGGCUGCAAAUUGAGGUAAAAUGAAUCAAAUGCGGAUACAGUUGUAUGCAGAAGUUUUGGCACCCCUGGUCAAAUGACCUUUUCUAAGUGAAAAGAAGUUCUCUACAGAGAACACACUUUUAAUGCACAGAUACUGUUUAUUUGCAUAUUGGGGAAAAAAUGAAACAUAAAACAUUGUCUGUGCAAAGGUUAUGGCACAUUUUAUAUUUCAUUAUCAAUUCUUUUCCAAUAUGUUAAACAAAACAUUCUGAUCUUGCAGAUUACAAUAAAUUUGUCGUUAAAUAUCGCUACUCUCGGAGGAAAACCUCGUAUCUCCAUUCUCAAUGUUUUUGUCAUUUUUCAGUUUUUGACAUAAUUUGAAAAUGCUUGUUGUCCUUUACAUUGUGUGCAAAUUUCAUGAUGAAUGGACCAAAAGAAAUGGCCCGAAAUUACAUGGAAAAAAGUCUGGAUCCAUUGACUUACUUUAAAAGUAAAGUAGGUUUUUUCCUUCUCCUGUAAAGUUAUCAUUUUGGAGAUAUGAGGUUUUCUUCCGACAGCAGCGAUAUAUAAUAUUUUAAUAUUAAAUAUUAAAUCUAUUUCGAAACAUCUCUUUUUAAAACAGUUUUCUGAGAAUUCAAAUCAGCUCAAAACUAUUUAAAAAAUAGUGAGUGGCGAUACGCUGUAGCACAAAAGUUUUUGCGGUUAAAUAUGAAUUUUACUUGAAUAUUUUUUAAACAUAAGACUCAAACCUGUUGCUUGCUUACAACAGUAAGCUGUGACGUGUCGAUAUAGUCUGCUUAGGCCAUCUCAAGCAGGUGCACUGAAGAGGCGCCCUUGCAUGGCCAGUUCUUGUCAACAAACAUUUAUUGUCUGUGGAAUUAUUGGAAUGGACGAAAUUGUGAUCCAUAUUCAAUUAUGAAGUACCACAGAGCCUUAAUCUAUAGAUCACAUGUUCCCUGAUGGUAAUGUAAGUACAGUAUGUAUGCACAGCAGGCAUGUCAAACUGGGGACCUUCUGGGCCAAAGUACUGCAGACAUUAGCAUUUACUCUCAUUUAACACUCUGUAUUCAGUUCAUGAAGGCCUUGCUAAUCAGCUGAUGAGCUGAAUCCAGUGUGUUUAAUGAGGCAGUGAGCUGAAGUCUGCAGUGUUUUGGCCUGCAAGGACUGGAGCCUCACACAUGUGCUCUACUGAGAACACAUUUUAAUGCAGUAUUUAUUUGCCAAAUUUAAUAUUUUGGGGGAAAAAUAAAACCUAAAGUGUGGCCUGUGCAAAAGUUAUGGCACAUUUUGUAUUUAUAUUUUAUGCUCCCCCAAUAUCUUUAACUAAAUAGAAUUACUUUGUUCCCUGUAGAGCAGGGUGGUCAUUCCUAGUCCUGGAGAUCUACCACCCUUCAGAUCUAACACACCUGGCUCUAAUGCUCAGAUGUCCCUGAGGGUCUUCAUUACCUGGAUCAGGUGGGUUAGAUUAGCAUUGCAGCUAAACUCCGCAGGCCAGUAGAUCUCCAGGACCAGGAUUGAGCGCCCCUGCUAUAGAGGAUGUGCUAACUUAUUUCAAAAAUCAAGAAAACAUGUUAUUCGACUGGGGGUUUUCAAACCUUUCCGUCCAUUUUGCAAUAUGUGUGUAUAUGUGCGGUUAAGUACAAUCUUUUUUAUUGAGUAUGUUUUUGAACUAAUCGUGAAUUAGAAUGGUUGGCUACAGUCUCUAACCAGUGAUGUGAAACUAAAGGGAGGGGUUUCUGAUAAAGUGGCCACAGAGCAAGGCAUGUUAGAUGGUAAAUUAGGCUCGCAGGACGGUAGCGCUGCAGGAGCAUACAUGGACAUACAACAGAAUUGCAGGAGAAUUUCAGUGGAACGAGGCGAAGUCCUCCUCGUAUUGAUAUCUGCCCUGUUAGCACAGUGAUAACUUUAUUAUAUAUAGAGUCUAAGUUAGAAAUAGAAAGGAACAAGUGUACUGUAAUGUAAAUUGUGUCAAUAUUUUAUUAUUAUUAUGAUUUUUUUUUAAAAAAGCAAAGGUCAAAUAUGUUUUUAUCAUAACUACAUUGCAGGUAGUAGGGAAAGAUAGUGGAAGUUAUCACUUUAGAUCAGAUCUUGAUUAAUGUAUUAAUGUGUCUGACACGGUCUGUCCACUUGCCAACUAUGAACAUAUCCCUUAUAUCUUUCUCACUUUUUUUUUCUUAUGUAGAGAUGCCAUUACUACUCAUAGACCAUCUCUCUCUCUCUCUAUCGCUCUUUUUUUUUUUUUGGAAAAUACGUUAAGUAAUAAGUAUGUUUCUAUCACUUUAUUUACCUAUGAUAAACUGGUUGUUGAUGAUACCCAAGCAUUUAAUAAAAUUUUAAAAGCA